CAUUCCAUCUGGUUUGAGACGUUCAAUUCAAUUCUUCCGUUUGUCUAAUUUGCUCUUCGUAAUUGCUGUCCGCCUGCUCUGGUUCUUCCUAAUCGGUUGUCUGUCGUGUCUGUGCUCCUUAUCCGAUGGCAAAUCUUACGGAUUCGAUUACCUGAAUCUUGGGUCCGUGGCAUAUCGAGGAAUUUCGAUCGCCCAUGCCCGAAAGCCUCCGAUCUUUCUCUCGUGUAUCUGGGUUUCCUUUGAAUGACCUGGAUGUGAAUUUCGAGUCGGAAGAACAUGCUCUGAUAGCUUACACGGCAUUGGCCGUUGAUAAGGAGUUGCAACCAGACAAGGUGAGAAGGCUGAUAUCGGUGUCUAAGAGCAAGCUUUCUGUGCACUUUGAAGCAGCGGAGGCAAGGUUUCUUCGUGCAUCGUUCUCUGCCUUUGUAGAUGUUCUUACGCUGGCAGCAAGGACGAUCCAAGAAUUCGGACAAACCGAAACCACAAUGUGAAAAAAGUUUGCAUCUUUUUCCCCUCGUUGCCCAUCAAAGACUCGGAAUCGCAGAGUGAAUCAGCUUAGUGUUCUGUCCUUUGUUCUUGAACAAUGUAUAUGAUCAUUGGUUACUGAAUCCAGAAAUGCAAAAGACGAAAAAUUCAUUAUUCUCAGUUUGAAAAUCAAUUUAAUUCUCUCUUUUGACUA